AUGAAGGGAAAACCAUAAAUUGAUACUUAUAAUAAUGUAUUUGAUAUAUUGUAAAAAGCAAGCUAAAAUCUGAUGACACUAAAAUUGGAUUUCAUUAUUUCUGUUAGAAAUAUGUCAAGUAAAUAAAAUUCAAAUGGUCAUAGAUUUGGGAAAGAAUUCUUAAAGCAAUAAUUUUGUAAGGAGAAUAAGUAAAAGAAGAAAAAGAUGUCAAAUCUGAAACUAGUUGCAGCAAUGUAAAAGUAUAAUUAAUUAUUGCAACUAAAACGAGAUACGCCUACUUGAAAUUGUUCCAAAAUGUCAAUAUUUAAUCAACUUGUUACUAACAUAGCUCCAAACUUAGAACUAAAUAUGUUUAAACCCUACAUCUGUUCAACACAAAAGAUAACAAUCAAUUUGUUCCAAAGAUUAAAAUUCUAAGAAAUUAUAUUUAAUUAUUGCGUACUUAAUUUUGA